CAGGCACAUGCUUCAAGAAACUUUAGCAGCAGUGUUAGAUUUGAAAGAUGCACUGGCGACAGCACGUCUAUUUCCUCACCUUCGUGGUGAUUGUUGCUUCAACCAUCCCAGCCUGUUUGGCUUUUAACAUCAAAAUGACAGAGCCUGAGAAACACGAGGGCGAACCAGGUGAUUUCUAUGGAUACAAGGUGCUACAGUACAAGUCUGGUGAUGGUAACAAAAGGAUAGUCGUCACUGCACCUCUCAGGCUAAAUGGAUCUGGAGGAAUUUACCAACCUGACCAAAACAAGUGGUUCAACCCUUCUGUUGCAGAGGACCUGCAGUCAAACACAACAGUAGUCAAACAUCUGGGCUUGUCGAUCGCUGCUGAUUCCUCCGGCUCCAGAUUCACUGUUUGCAGUCCAGGUUUGGUGCAUGAAUGCAAUGAGAACUCCUAUCUGAACAGUAUUUGUUAUGACCUCUCUGAUCAUCUCCAGAAAAUCUCCUCUUUCAAACCCGCAUAUCAAAAAUGCACCAAAAAGACAGUGGACCUCGUCUUUCUGUUCGAUGGAUCAGCGAGUAUGACUGAAGCAGAAUUCAACAAGAAUAAAGAUUUUAUUGUGGAGAUAAUGAACAGCCUGAAGAACACAUCGAUCAAGUUUGCAGCAGUUCAGUUCUCUUCAACAGUCCACAAAGUGUUUGACUUCAACGACUAUGAAGCCAAACGUGCUAUCGAUAUACUUAUGAAAGAAAAGCAUUUAAAAAGCCUCACCAACACACACAGAGCCCUCGAAUUUAUUUUUGAUCAAAUCUUUGACAACAAAACUGCAGGCGCCUCUCCUGAUGCAACUAAAGUUCUGAUUCUAAUCACAGACGGAGAUCCCUCUGACACAGACAGAAAAGGAAUAAUUAAAAAAUAUGAUGAGAAAAAUAUAAUUCGUCUUGUUAUUGGGAUCAAGGAUGCAAAGCUGGAUAAAUUUAGGGCCAUCGCUUCAGAACCAAAAAACAAAAAUGCCUUCAAAAUAGAGAAUUAUGAUGGACUCACAGGAGUACUGGAGAAUUUUCAGAAAAGGAUCUUUGUUGUGGAAGGUUCCAAAGUGGCUCGAGCAGGAAACCUGACUGAUGAAAUGUCUCAGAGUGGAUUCAGCGCUGUUUUCAACAAGGAUACACUGAUUCUGGGUUCAGUGGGAACAAACAGCUGGCGUGGUUCUCUCCAAGAACGUCGAGAUAAAAUGGAAACACAAAUUGAGGAUCAAGAAAUGGAGAUGGACUCCUACAUGGGAUAUUCUGUCUCUGUUGGACAGAGGGCUGGUGUUUCUUUGUAUUUCACGGGUGCACCCCGGUUUCAGCACACAGGACAGGUCGUACUUUUCAAACAAAACAGCAACAACUGGACCACAGAACAAAGAAUAACUGGAGACCAGAUCGGUUCCUACUUCGGCGCCGAGCUGUGUUCGGUGGAUAUUGAUUCAGACGGUGACACUGAUUUCCUGCUGGUGGGAGCGCCAACGUUUUACCAGCCUCAGGAGAAGAAAGAAGGUCAGAUCUACAUCUACAGUCUGACUGAUGAGCUGCAACUGAAAAGUGAACUGAUUGUGACGGGACCAUCCAUGGGUAGAUUUGGCGCCACCAUAUCCAGCCUUGCAGACCUGAAUGGAGAUGGACUCCGAGACGUUGCUGUCGGAGCUCCGCUUGAGGAUGACAACAGAGGUGCCGUGUAUAUCUACCUUGGAGACAGACAUAGAGGGAUACGCAGCACUUUCAGCCAGAGAAUUACAGGAGACAAAAUAACACCUGGGAUAAGAUUCUUUGGACAGGCCAUCGAUGGGGGCGUCGGCAUCAAAGAGGACGGCCUCCCAGAUAUUGUGAUCGGAUCACAGGGCGCUGCUGUUGUCUUAAGCUCCAAGCCCGUCUUUAAUGUGAUGGCUCACUUAUCUUUCCACCCUAAGGAGAUAAGCACAGAGAAACUUGACUGUGUGGGUGCAGAUGAAAAUUUACUUAUGGUUACCUUAACAGCCUGUUUUGAAAUGGUAGAAGCAACAAAGAGCAAACAAGGGAGUGUGAGCUCUGGACUGAACAUCACAUACAUGCUCGCCGUGGACCCAAUGAGACAAAAACAUCGAGGUUUCUUCAGUCAAACUGAUACGAAAACCAGGAGUCUUACCUCUACCUAUAAGCUGAAAGAUAAAAUGACUUGCUUAAACUUCUCCAUCUACAUGCCCAAAUGUGUGACAGACACAUUGUCACCGAUCAGCAUCAAAUUAAACUUUUCUCAGGCUGACAGUGAGACUGCUAACAUCACCCUGAACAUGGACAGCAAAAAGCAGUCUGCUGUUGAGGUUCCUUUUGAGAAACAAUGUAGAAAAAAUGACACUUGUAUCGCUGAACUGGAUGUCAAUUUCGAAUUCAAGACUCCGAUAUUAUUGGUGACAGAAAAUAACUACUUCAAUGUCACUAUACAUUUGAAAAAUGGUGGUGAUGACUCAUACAACACCAGCCUUAUAAUGUUCUAUCCUUCAGGCCUCUCCUUCUCUAGGAUGACUCUUAUAAAGUCAUCAAGAUCAACAACGCACGACUGCCGGGAUCAAGAAGAACACAACAAAACCGUAUGUAGUGUGAGCCAGCCUGUGUAUCGCAGCAGAUCCUCUGCAACGUUUCAAUCUUCCUUCCAUGUCAUGCAUAAUUAUGAGUGGAAUGACAGGAUGUCCAUGAUACUUGAAGCAAAAAGUGAUAAUCAAGACAGAAACAGGACCAGCAGCCUCACCAAAAGCAUCCCGGUGCAAUUUGAAAUUAAAAUGAUAUUAACAGUGAAUAAAGACAGCACUACUUAUCUGAACUUCACCUCAGAUGAGACUGAAACUAAAGAAAUGACUAUUACAUACAGGAUAGAUAACACUGGCUUUAAGGAGUUUCCUGCAAACAUCACCCUGGAAUUCCCAACUGUACUGGAGCAUAGCUUUGAAAUGAAAAGCUAUCAAGUCUUUGUCAAGGAGAACAAAACACAGUGCACAGCCACUACUAACCACAAAUUUAAGAACUGCUUACCAAGAAAUAAGUGUGUGGCCAUCGUCUGCAACACUUUCAAUUUGAAGAACUAUGCAUCUGCUGAGUUUACACUGUCAGGAAAAGUCCACUUUAAAGACGCCGCACAACAGGCAGCCAAUGUUGCUUUUCUGAAAAAAUACACUGGAGACAGCAGAAAGAUUAACUUUGUAAGUUCUGUACAUGUUGGCUAUGACAAGGCUCGGUAUGUGCUGAAAGACCAAGAGAAUAAAGACAAUUUGCCACAAUUCCAAUUUCCAACAAGAAAGACUGAAGUUCGAGUUGACUUCUUUAUCCUCCCGAAUAAAAUGCUGAUCAUUUUAACUGGAGCCGGUUUGGGACUCUUCCUUCUGAUCAUAAUCACAAUCAUCCUGUUUAAGCUCGGUUGCUUCAAGAGGAAAAAGUUUGGAGAAGAUGAUCUUGAGGAUGACAGCACUGUAAUACCGUUCCCCGCUUCAACUGUAGGGACUGAUAAGAAAUCUGAUAAAUCUUCCAAUGAUAAUCAAACGCAGGAAAAAUCACCUCUCCUCUCCUCUGCCCCCACUAAUGAACAGAUCAAGCAGUCAGGCACUGAUAACAAAUCUGAUCAACCUUCUGAGGAAAAUAAGGUUCAUGAUGACAGUGCUGCUGAAACAGAGGAGAAAAAGGAUGAAGUUACUAUCACGGUGGAGUCGGAAUAUACAACAUACUGUCCACUUAGUGACAGUUCAGCUUCGUUCACAGACUGGUCACAAGAAGAAAAUUAGUACAAUUUUCAGUCGGUCUCUGUCCAAAGCUAGUAAAAUAUAUCUAGAAGCCCAUAUGAUGAACAAUAUAAUUAGUAAACAAUUUCUCCUUUUUCGUGUCUUUUGUUUUUUUAACAGUGGUUCUUGCCAUGAUUUGUUUUUGCUUAUUAGUCGGACCAUGACAGACUUAUUUAGGGGUAUGAUAUCUCCGGUCUGUAUCCCAGAUGAGCCCCAUAUUUUUUUUAGUCUUAUUAUUCUUCAUGAAUUGUAAACAAAUAAACCAUAGUGUAAAACCUAAAGUGAACCAAAACAUGAAACAAAAAUGCUACUGGGAGGACAGAGAUCAAAGAUGGAACCAGUCGACUCUUAAAUUCACCACAGGGAGAGGUUAGGCGCUCCCACUUACACAGAGAACCACAACUGUAUACCAUUUAAAGAGUAGGAAACAGGAAUUUUACACAAAGAAAAUAAAUCUGGAUGAUUUAGCUUUUCAGCAUUGGUUUCAGAUGUGCAAGCUGCCAGGUCCACAGGCCCUGAUGCAGAGAUGGAGGAUUUUUAACUGAGUGGUGAUAACAACCCAGGUGGCUCUUCUGCAGUUUAACCCAGAGGAAGCCGCCGCAUCCAU